AACAACAAUACUCAUUUAAAUACUACAAGACUGGCAAAAUAUCUGCACCUGUCAUCUUCGAUUUUAUGUCCCUCUAAGUCACAAAUGCGUGCUCUCCUUGAAGCAAACUACAGGCCCCAGAAUCCUCCAGUGCUCAACACCUGCAAGCCGCGUCCCGCCCAUUUGUGAAAGUAGGAGGGACGCGCCGAGAGAAAGGGGUGAGAAUGGAACGUGGGGAGGAUGCGCCGGUUGCACGGAAGGCUACUUCGUACGCGUGGGAUUGCGCUCAGCAGCCGCUACCCCCCAGCAGCCGAGGCAAGUGGGUUCGGCUGAAUGUCGGGGGCACCGUUUUCUUAACCACCAGGCAGACCUUGUGCCGCGAGCAGAAAUCUUUCCUCUGCCGCCUGUGCCAGGGAGAAGAGCUGCAGUCGGAUCGGGAUGAGACCGGUGCAUAUCUCAUCGAUCGAGACCCUACUUAUUUUGGACCUAUUCUGAAUUUUCUCCGGCAUGGAAAACUGGUACUGGAUAAAGAUAUGGCUGAGGAAGGAGUUCUGGAAGAAGCGGAAUUCUACAACAUCGGUUCUCUAAUCAGACUAAUAAAAGACAGACUGGAGGAAAAGGAUUACACUAUAACCCAGGUGCCACCAAAGCAUGUCUACAGAGUGCUGCAAUGUCAGGAGGAAGAGCUCACACAAAUGGUUUCUACAAUGUCAGAUGGGUGGCGCUUUGAACAGUUGGUGAAUAUUGGGUCAUCCUAUAACUAUGGGAAUGAGGACCAGUCAGAAUUCCUGUGUGUCGUCUCAAAGGAGUUGUGUGGCUCGCCCAGCGGCCUCUGCUCUGAGUCCAGCCGGAAAGUCAAGAACACUGAGGAAGAACCAGAACAAGGAGAGCAGAAGGAUGAGGAGCUGCAGCUGCAAGAAGUUGAGGAGGGGCAGGAGGCAGCCCCCAAAGCAGAAGAGGAGAAAGGCGCAGCAAAUCUUUGAGCAAAAAUAUGACCAAAGUCAUCAACUAAAGGCUAAAGCCAUCUGCUCCUAUCCAGUGCAAGCUGGUGGUGGAGGAGCUUCAAAGGAGGUUGCAUGGAGUGCCUGCAUGGGCCUCAAGCAAUACACAGAAGCCUAAGGCUGGUGAGAGUAUUGCUGGAAGAUGUGGGAUGCGUUUUCAAGAACUCGGUCCUCAUGGCCCCAAAAGUUGACUUUCCAUGCUGUCACAGCUUCCUCUGCUGGGGAGAACAAAGUAAAGCAGACACAACCACAGCUGCUCUUUUUUCUCACCUUGCAAGUUUCAGGCUUGCUCAGUCAGUGCAGGAAUAGAUGAAGUUCUGGAAGGGACUUCAGAAGCUUUUAACAAUGAAUGUCCCACAUCCUGCUGCAAAUGACAGUCCCUGUUCUUUGUGGACAACCAUCACAACCAUUAAAUCAGUUCUAACAUUUUGGCAUGCAGGAAUGUCCUUGCAGUAUGAAGGAGAAGAAGCAUGAAGAGAUGCAGUCUUUCCAUAUUUGCUCUUUGUUCUGCAUAUUGUAUUUUUCAAGAGUGCCAUUUCCAGCUGCAAAAAGCAGCAUAAGGACUUGUGUAAGGAAAUACAUCACCUUCUGCAGAAGGAAGCCAGCUGGAGUGUUUCUCCUUUGGUAGAUAUGCUGCUAGAUGGAGAGCUUGGCUUGUGUUCAAACAGCAAUUCUUCUUUGGGAGCAGAUCCAAUAUACCUUACGCCUUUAGAUUGAGGAGGAGAGCUGCGUCCUUCUUGAGCAAGACUUUAUUAUUCCUGAAAGUGGAUCACUAAGCAGAUCGCAUUGGCACCAGAUUUUACUGAAACACAGCCAUGUCUGAGGGGAAGGCCAAGGGGUGGGGAAUGGGGGCAGAAUGACACAAGCAACCUUGUGGUGCAAGCCCCACUGCGUUUGUACAUGCAUUGUGACAUCAUACAUAUGUACAAAAGGGUAGAUUUUGCAGUGCAGUUUGACUUUUGUCAUUCUAAUGAAAACAGCAAGCUGUGGUGGAUGUUGUUCCUGAAACGUACCCCAGGAAGAUCUAAAGGCAAGCAAAUUGCAGGCUGACAAACAUUUCAUUUUCCUUCUAAAUCUCCUGUUGCUGGAGCAACUUUUCCAGCCAGUGAUUUCCCAGGCCUGUUAUAAUUCAUUAGUUUUUCCAUAUUUGCCAUCUGGUAAGCAGAGCAAGGGAGUGGGUGGCAGGAACUCCAAGAGAACAGCCUGGAGAAGAAGGGACUGUUUUUACUUUCUUUAUAUGCACACCAUCCAGUGGAAGACCUGCUCAAAAGAAAGCGUUUCCAUAUGGGUAGCUGUAAAGAUACACGAAUGUCCUCUAGCAUGCAACUAGCUAACCCACUAGGAAGAAGAAAACAUAUGACUGUGACUUAACCUUUCCCAGCAAUAAUGUUGGCUUGAUUCCACCUGCCUCACUAAUUUCACUUCUGUUUGUCUUGCAGAUGCCGUCUAUGUGGCUGUUGGGAGAUACCCUUUUUAAAAAUAUCCUUAUGGAAUAGCCCUCUUCUGGCAUCAGGAAAUAUAUAGUGGGGAGAUGGAGACACGGGUUCUCUAGUCCUGCCCCUUCCAACCCAUUGUGUGAUUCUGUUAAAUUAAUAUGGGCUUGGGCUUGGUUCACAAAUCUGGAUUCCCAGUUGCACAACUGUAACUUCAUUUAACUAAAUACUAUUCUCACAUUUCUUCAUCAAACCAAAAAGAUCAGUCUGAAGGGAAAGGAAGCACAUACAUUCUUCCCUACACUUGUUCUUUUUUUGUGAUACUUGAAGAGGGCUAGUAACAAUACUCCAAUGGAUGAGCAUCUGCCCUUUGAUACACUUGAAUGCAUGUGUUUCUGCAUGCAUGCACAGCCACCCAUGUACAUGCUUCAUUUCAAUGCUUCAAGAAAUACUAUAGCCAUUUAUGUAAAUCAACAACAAAUUUUACUUCUAAUAUAAAGCCACACAUUUACUAUGGAGAAAUCCAUAAUUCUGUUGAGACAAUAAUUAUAAAAUUGUGUCCAAGGAUGCUGUGUAAUAACGCCUGAAUAAAUUUCACUGUCUCACUA